AUGAUGAUGAUGGUGUUGGUACUGAUGCUGAAUGCUGAUGCUGAUGCUGAUGCUGAUGCUGAUGCUGAUGCUGAUGCUGCUGCUGUUGUUGCUGUUGCUGAUGGUAGUGGUGGUGGUGAUGGUGGUAAAGACAACAAGAAUCCAAGAUGCAAAACUGAGCUCCUUAAACAACAGCGUCAAACAUCAAAGUUAAAAUGCCGCCCCAGAAGUUCUUUUUGGCUGUUAAUAUCUUUGUAG